AUUGCAUAGGCCAUUAUUUUCUUCUUGCCACUUAAUCUAAAAAGCGUUAAAAAGAGAGAGAAAAGUUUCUUGAGUGAGUGUUUUAAAAAAAAAUUCUUGAGUGAAGAUGGGAACAGCGACGUCGACGAUGGCGGCUAAGUUAGCUUUCUUCCCACCAAAUCCGCCGUCGUACACGGUGGUGACGGACGAAUCGACGGGGAAGAUGAGAAUAUCGGCGGAAAUGAUGCGUCACCGGAGAGACGAGGAAAUAGAAGUGGUGAAGAUAAUGACUAGAAGAGGGAAUGAGAUCGUGGGGAUGUAUAUAAAGCAUCCAACGGCUAAACUAACAGUUUUGUAUUCUCACGGCAACGCCACAGACAUAGGUCAAAUGUUCAUCAUCUACAAUGAACUAAGUCACCAUCUCAAUGUCAAUCUCAUGGGAUACGAUUAUUCAGGAUAUGGGCGAUCUUCUGGCAAGCCAAGCGAGCAAGAGACGUACGCAGACAUAGAAGCAGCUUACAAUUGGCUAAGAGAAACGUGCGGUACAAAAGAUGAACGUAUCAUUUUGUACGGACAAUCUGUGGGCAGUGGACCGUCGCUUGAGCUUGCUUCUCGUCUUCCACGUCUUCGAGCACUUGUUCUUCACAGUCCUUUCUUGUCCGGUCUACGUGUCAUGUACCAUGUCAAGCACUCCUUCUGGUUCGACAUUUUCAAGAAUAUUGAGAAAAUUCAACUCGUGGACUGUCCCGUUCUUGUGAUUCAUGGAACAGAUGACAAAGUUGUGGAUAUUUCACAUGGAAAGCAAUUAUGGGAGCUAUCCAAGGAAAAAUAUGAACCUUUAUGGCUUAAAGGAGGAAGCCACUGUAAUCUUGAGAUGUUUCCUGAGUACUUACCUCACUUAAGAAAGUUCAUAGGGGCCAUUGAGAAGCUUCCAGUUCCACAAUUCCGACGCCAUUCAGUAUCUGAUGAUCACAAGAAAGACAAACAACAACUGGAUCCGAAAAAGAGUAGUAGUUGGAUUGGAUCUAGACAUAGCACGGAAUGUGUUACUUCUAGAGACAACUCAAGAAAGAUGAAUAUUGGUCAUCGGUCAGGAAAGGCGAGAAACAGCACGGAUAGCUUUGAUCGUGCUAGGAAUAGCUUCGACAGGUUGGGUGAAAUGGUGAGAUCAGUUCGAUUGUGUAACGUUGAUUGUGUGAAGAAUGCAGUUGCAGAGGCCUGAUGAUUGUUGUUAGACCCAACCAAAUAUUGUUCUUUUUUGUUCGUUGGUUAUAUUCUUUGGAAUGGAGAAAGAUGUUUUGUAAACAUAUAUAUCCUUCUCAGUUUUCACUAAAUAAA